UGUCAUCCACAAACUCGCACCUCAAACGAGAACUGUUUGCUGUAAUGCUUUGAUAAAUUUCAGUAAAUUUCAUUAUUUCAAGUGUUGAUAGUAGUAAAAUGUCAGUUGAUGUAAAUAGUUUCGUGAUCUUGAAUUGAAUAAUGUGUGUUCAGGGUUUAUACAAUUAAUAGUGCUAGUAAAUGUAACGAAAAUUGCAUUGCCUUGCGUAAAUAAUGCUUUUUAAAGUAUUAAUUCUACAAAUUAAUCAUUAAUAUAAAUCUACUCAAUUUUAAUUAAAGUUCAUUCAUUCUUCUCUAUCAAUUAAUUCUUGAAGUUGAAGAAAAUGUGAUCUUUUGUAAAUUCAGUUCAUAGUAUUCUGUCAUUUAGGUUAGGUUGCUUGAAAAUAGACUAUCAUUAUCAUAAUCAAACAAACCUAGUUAUAUAAAACAUUCAUAGUUCAUCAUGCCUGGAUUGGACGAUAUAGCUAAUGAAGAGGAGAAUGAAUUACUUUUUAUUGAUGAAAUAUUGACCGAUGAUUUACUCGAGAAGGUUACAAAUAUUGAGAAAGUCUUGGAUAGCUCAAUAAGCGAUGAGGAAAAAUUUGAUGCAUUGACAAACUUUGCUAAAACAGAUGGAGGACUUGUUAAGGAUUCGGUUCGUAAAAAGGUUUGGCCGAAAUUGCUGGGCGUGGAUACGUCGAAGAUAGAGCCCUUCCGCGACCACUCGUCACUGGUCGAGCACGCGGAGUACGAGCAAGUUGUCUUGGACGUCAAGCGCUCGCUCAAACGGUUCCCACCCUCCAUUCCCUAUGAGGAAAGACUUGCCCUGCAAGAUCAGCUCACACAGCUGAUUAUGCGAGUAAUCAUCGAAUAUCCUCAUCUCAGGUAUUACCAGGGCUACCAUGAUGUGGCUGUGACAAUACUGCUGGUGGUUGGCGAGGAUGCGGCCUUCCAGAUCAUGAAGGUGCUCUCCACAAACCAUCUCAAAGACUUCAUGGAGCGAACCAUGGAGAAGACACAAUACCUGCUCAAUCACAUCUAUCCCCUUAUCAAGAGACGCAGUCCCAAGCUCUACGAGUUUCUUGAAAAGGCCGAAUUAGGAACGAUGUUCUGCCUGCCUUGGUUCCUGACGUGGUACGGCCACGACUUGAAGCACUACCGAGAUGUUGUGCGCCUCUACGACUUCUUCCUCGCCUCCCCGCCACUCAUGUCAUUGUACCUGGCUGCCGCCAUUGUGCUCUACAGGCAGCAAGACAUCCUCUCAGUUGAAUGUGAUAUGGCUGCUAUACACUCCUUGCUUGCUCAGCUUCCUGAUGAAAUGCCGUUCGAUAAGUUGCUGUCGGAAGCAUCGAAAUUAUAUUCCGAGUAUCCUCCAAAGAGUUUAGAAAAAGAAGUGGAAGAACGAUUUCAAUUAGAGUUGGAGAUGCGUAGACCAGUGUCGAAGCGAAGGGCAGCGGCUAGAGGAGGGGUGGGAGGGAGAGGGAGGGUUUCGCUGUGGAUCGUGCUGAUGGGUGUGAGGCGCAUGGCGGCCAGGCAACCCGUCAAGACUCUCCUCUUCACCGUCUCAUUGGCCGUCGGCUUGUUCGCCUACCUGCGCUCCGAAACUCUCGACUUCAUGCUGCAAUUCUAUUCAAUCAGAUAGUACAUACCUGUCUUUAUUGCUGCUGCAACUCUGUGCGUACAAAUUGUUAUGCCUUAGAAUGUCUUACUGAAAAACGCGAUGCAUUUUGUCUUUCAUAUGGUUAAUAAUUUUAACGCGAAAUCAUUCGAAUCAUUCAACCAUGAAUGUUAGUCAUUUUCAUCAAAACAAUGGAUUCUUCAGCCAUUUUGAAUGACUACGGCCAGGUUGCAUAAAAGCCUGUUAAAUCUUAAUCAUGAUUAAAUUCCACUAGAACCAACCAGAGAAGGUUUUUCUAAGAAUAAGGUUUCUCUGAUUGGUCUCGUGGCAUUUAAUCGGGAUUAAAAGUUAGAAUUUUGUUUUACUGGGUGUAGGCCUAUGUAUGUUGAGCGAGAAUUCAUAGCGUGCAAUAAAUACUCUAAAUUCAAUUGUUGUUGUACCGUCAUGAGGUAUACUAAGGCCCGCCGCAAAGUAGACCCACGCUAAUCCACGAAGAGCAACCUACGCCGUGGCAUGUUUUGUAAACCAUUGCUAGGCUUUUCCAGACAUAUCUGUGGAAUACAUGCAAUCAAUGAUUCAAUUGUCAGCUGAUUGAUUAUGAAUAAUUCUAUAGCAAUGGUUUACAAAACAUCCCAAGGCGAGAGUUGCUUUUCGUGGAUUAGCGUGCGUCUACUUUGCGGCGGGCCUAAGCGGUGUGCGGUUUUAAAAUAAUAGAAUGUAUCAUCGAAUUAUAUGAUUUUGUACCCAAAUGUAGCUUCAUUUCUUUUUAUCUAUAGAUUCAGUUGACUCUCCAAUUUCUAAUUGGGAGUUUUUUGUUGAAAUGAAUGGAAGUAAAAUUCUUUCAUGGUGCUAGUUUAUAAGCAUUGUCAAACUUGACAAUCGUAUUUCAAAAGAUUAAUAAAGGAUGACAGAGGUAGAUACUAUAAUAUUCUAAACGCAGUUUCAAUAGUACCGUAGACCGCAUUGAAAUUUCAGUUUUUUCUUUGGAAUUCAAAAAAUCUUCUGCAAAGAUUUCAUGUUCUCACGAAUGGAGUUUAGUCAUGCCUCAUGUUAGUUAAUCGGUUCAUCAUUAACAACUAACAUACGAUCAUUUUGGAUUCGACAUUUAUGUCGUAUUAUAUCCCCUUAUCUACUAAAACAUUUGUAGGUGUAUAUAUUUCAAGGAAUUUUCCUUUAUUUACCACGAAGCAAAAAAGUCAUCUAAUUUAAUUUGUUGGUUACUGGGUACGGUACAUCUACUAAUAAUACUUCAAGGAUGAUACAAAGCUAUUCAUGAAUAAUAUUUUUUUUCAUAUUGAAGACUAAUUAGGAUAUUAUGAAUAAACAAUCAGUAGUUUUCAAUUUUCUGAACCAAAAAUUAGUAACAGUAAUAGUAAAGGAUUAUAGUCCACAAGUUGUUAAUUAACAAACUUUCAUCGUUGUUAAAGAACAAAAUUUUAUCUCAACCACUUGUGAUGUCAUCAAAUGAAUUGAUUUGUAUUAAAUAUUAUUAUUCCUCUCUUUAUCUUCAAGUAGUGAUAGCCUGUUCAAUAGUUUAUUUUACACAUAUUUUUUAAUUAAUAUUGUACUUCAUUAUUUACCGUACCGUACUGGUACAUCAUCUUUAUUUCUGUGAUAAUUGAGUAGUUUUUCACAUUCCAAUGAAUUGAUAACAAUACUUUAUGUGUUCUCCAUUAUUUCAAUUCAUAUUUCAUUUACUCUCGAUAAAUUUAAUUAACCCUCCUAAUAAUAUCAGAGCCGCUAUUUAUUCGCAAAUUCUAUACUAAAUACGGAUUGAAUGUAAAAAUAUUAUAGGGGAAUCAAGAUGCAUUGUCAAUUAGAUAUAUAUUGACUAGUUUGUUGAUCAGAAUAACAAUAGGCUCAGAAUUUAAAUUCAAUUGAACCGAAAUGCCUUUCCUAGUGUUUAAUUUGAUUCUAAAUGUAAGCUUGUACUAUUUCGAAGAUUAAUUUAUGUGAAAUUAUUGCUUGUUGUGUUUGUAAUAUAAUAUUUUAUUAAAAAAAAUGUAUUUUCACUA